AAUCAGGUUGGAGUAUUGUGCGGCUUCAUUCCUCGUGUGCUCUGAGCGGCAGGGCAACCAAACAAUGGCGGACGAUGGGAAACCACUCAAGCCAAGACGUUCCCCUCUUAAAACCCUUCAAAUCUACAACGCUCCCAACUGGAAGCGCAAGCUGAGGGAGAACUGCUACAAAAGAAUCCGAGAGGAUAGAACCCACUUGCUGUGGAAAAUGAGAUCACCUGCAGAUCAAUCUUUCAAUAAAAAGGAAUUCAUUCAAUAUACUUUUCAGGACAUUGUUUCUGAUGAACUGAGAAAAAUUCAGGACUCUUCACCGAGUGGUUUUUUGGAUAUCUCAACUUCUACAGCCAAAGAUUAUGAUAAACUAUGGGAAUAUGAUGGUGUUCAUUCCGCUUAUCAAGGUGAAUGUGAGGAGAUAAUAUUAGAGAUGCAAAAGAUUUUUUACGAGGACCUCAGGGCUGAAGCAACUCGAACAGAAAAAGAAAGCCAUAUUGGAACUUGGGAAGAUGAAGAAGAUGAGUACUUGGCUCGGGCUGUUUACGAGCAUAUGCAUUUGAAUAAUGAGCAGGCAUGCAAGGAAUUUUGGUGCCCCAUCUGCAAGAAAGGAGAAUUGCAAGAGAACCACCAUCUUAUUUAUUGCACUCAUUGUGAACUUCAACUGAACAAAGCCGAUGAGGUGAACUUGGAUAUACUGGGUGUGCGACUGGCUGAAGCUCAUGAAGAACAUCUUGACAGGGGUUGCAGAUUCAAACCCGUGUUCUGCAUUGAGACCAUAUUUGAUCUAACUGCUCUGUAUAUUCAAUGUGAUAAUUGCAAUACCUUUGAAAUUGUAAUAUAGCUGCCUCCUUAUUUAUAAAUAGACACUGAUAGUAUAAGAUCAAAUGUAUAUUUAGAAAGUUCUGAACUUCUGAACUC